AUGAAUGUCAAAGGAAAAGUAAUUCUGUCAAUGUUGGUUGCCUCAACUGUAAUUGUUGUGUUCUGGGAAUAUAUCAACAGCCCAGAAAGCUCUUUCUUUUGGCUAUAUCACUCAAAAAACCCUGAAGUUGGUGACAGCAGUGCUCAGAAGGGCUGGUGGUUUCCAAGCUGGUUUAAUAAUGGGACCCACAGUUAUCAAGAAGAAGAAGCACAUAUAGACAACGAAAAGAGAAAGGAAGACAAAAAAGAACUGCAGCUAUUGGAUUGGUUUAAUCCAAAAAAGCGCCCUGAAGUUGUGACCAUGACCGAAUGGAAGGCGCCAAUUGUGUGGGAAGGCACUUUCAACAGAGCCAUCUUAGAAAAUUAUUAUGGCAAACAGAAGAUUACCGUGGGUUUGACAGUUUUUGCUGUUGGAAGGUACAUUGAGCAUUACUUAGAGGAUUUCAUAGUAUCUGCUGAUAAAUACUUCAUGGUUGGCCACAAAGCCAUUUUUUACAUCAUGGUGGAUGAUAGCUCCAGGAUGCCUUUGGUAGAGCUGGGUCCUCUUCGUUCAUUCAAAGUGUUUGAGAUCAAGCCUGAGAAGCGAUGGCAGGACGUCAGCAUGAUGCGCAUGAAGACCAUUGGGGAACAUAUUGUAAACCACAUCCAGCAGGAAGUUGACUUCCUCUUCUGUAUGGAUGUGGACCAGGUCUUCCAAGGAAACUUUGGGGUGGAGACCCUGGGCACAACAGUGGCUCAGCUGCAGGCCUGGUGGUACAAAGCAGAUCGUGAUGACUUUACCUAUGAGAGGCAUGCAAAUUCGGCAGCAUACAUUCCAUUCGGUCAGGGGGAUUUUUAUUACCAUGCGGCCAUUUUUGGAGGAACACCCAUUCAGGUUUUAAACAUCACCCAGGAAUGUUUCAAGGGAAUCCUUCAAGACAAGAAAAAUGGCAUAGAAGCAGAGUGGCAUGAUGAAAGCCACCUAAACAAGUAUUUUUUUCUCAACAAACCCAGUAAAAUCUUAUCACCAGAAUACUGCUGGGAUUAUCAUAUAGGCUUGCCUGCAGAUAUUAAAGCUGUCAAGAUAUCUUGGCAGACAAAAGAGUAUAAUUUGGUUCGGAAUAAUGUUUGA